CCACAGCUCUCACCUCACUCCAAUUUGCCUCCACUUUCUUCCAAGUCCAAGAAAAAAAUGUCUCGUCUUUCUCUUUUGCUCCUUAUCUUCAUCUACAUUCUAACCCCAAGUUUUGUUUUCUCAUCACCAGUACAAGACCCAGAUCUUGUUGUACAUGAAGUACAUAGGAGCAUCAAUGCCUCUAGGAGGAACUUGGGAUAUUUAUCUUGUGGAACAGGCAACCCAAUUGAUGAUUGUUGGCGUUGUGACCCCAAUUGGGACAAGAAUCGCCAGAGAUUAGCUGAUUGUGCCAUUGGUUUUGGUAAGAAUGCAAUUGGAGGAAGAAAUGGCCACAUCUACGUGGUCACUGACUCUAGUGAUGAUGAUGCCGUGAACCCAAAACCGGGUACUCUACGACAUGCCGUAAUACAAGAUGAACCCUUGUGGAUUAUCUUCAAAAGGGACAUGGUAAUUAAGCUUAAGCAAGAGCUAGUGAUGAACUCUUUCAAGACCAUUGAUGGUAGGGGUGCUAGUGUUCACAUUGCUGGAGGGCCAUGCAUUACCAUACAUCAUGUCACUAAUAUCAUCAUCCAUGGCAUCAAUAUUCAUGAUUGUAAGCAAGGAGGCAAUGCUGACAUAAGAGACUCCCCUCAUCACUAUGGCUGGUGGACUGUAUCGGAUGGUGAUGGGGUGUCCAUCUUUGGAGGGAAGCACAUAUGGGUGGAUCAUUGCUCAUUGUCUAAUUGCCAUGAUGGUCUCAUAGAUGCCGUCCAUGGAUCUACGGCCAUCACCAUCUCCAACAACUACAUGACUCAUCAUGACAAGGUCAUGCUUUUAGGCCACAGUGAUUCCUUCACACAAGAUAAAGACAUGCAAGUCACUGUAGCCUUUAAUCAUUUUGGAGAAGGGCUAGUGCAAAGAAUGCCAAGGUGUAGACAUGGGUAUUUUCAUGUGGUGAACAAUGACUACACUCACUGGGAAAUGUAUGCUAUUGGAGGGAGUGCUGACCCUACUAUCUACAGCCAAGGCAAUAGAUUUCUUGCACCUGAUGACAGGUCUAAGAAAGAGGUGACCAAGCACGAGAUUGCAUCAGAGAGUGAAUGGAAGCACUGGAACUGGAGGUCCGAAGGGGAUUUGCUGUUGAACGGAGCAUACUUCCGGCAGUCGGGAGCAGGUGCAUCUUCUAGCUAUGCUAGGGCAUAUAGCCUGAGUGCAAGACCAUCUACUCUGGUGGGCUCAAUGACCAUGACUGCUGGUUCACUUAAUUGUAGGAAGGGUUCCCGCUGCUAAUUGAGCACACUGAACCCCUAGUUUAUCAGCUAAAAAUAACUGUGAGAGCAACUAGAAAAAAG